AUGGUGAGUGGGGAACGGGAGAAGGAGCUGACCACCCUCCUGGGUUGUCAUAACAGUUGUCGCAUAACCUCCACCCCCUCCUUUUCUUCCCUUUUCCAUUCCUCUCUCCUCCUCCCUAUCCCACCCUCCUCUUUCUUCCCUUUUCCAACCUCCCUCCGCAUUUCCCUUUCCAUACCGUAUCCCUUCUACACCAUGUUUGUGGCCCCAUGCCUGCCUCUAUUGAUGUCCUUGCUGUCUUACGUCUUCCCCUCCCCCCCCUCUUCCCUCUCGUCCUCCCUCUCACACCCAGCUAGGUGUGUUGGUGGACGACCUCCCAGAGCCACUGAGGCAGGAAGAGUAGCCGCAAGCAACCUCCCUCAUGUGUUUUCCCGUCCCCUUCCCCACCCGGAACUGCCCCUUCACUUGACAGCUCAUGUGUGUGGGCACCGACAGCAUGGUCAUAGGCACUUGGCACAGCUGUCGGAGACGCCGAGGCAGGAAGAGCAGAUGAGGCGAGCCAAGGAGGCAGCAGCAGCAGCAAGAGACGCAUCCCGCAUUCCCAUGCAUGAUGGCACCAGUGCAUGGCUGAGUGGGAUGUACCUUCCUUUCAUUUUAUACACCAGCCAACAACCCCGUUUUUCUCAUUCCUCCGUUCCCGUUCCCUCCCCAUCCUCUCUCCUUUCCCUCUACUUCCUAAUUCCUUGGCCUCCCCUUCCCCAACCAUUCCACUCCCCUUCCCCUCCCGUUCCACUCCCCAUUCCCCUCUCCUUUCCCUCCCCUUCCCCCCGCCCUCACCUCGCUUUUUUCUCCACUUCCCCUCCACUUCCCAUCCCUUCCCUUCCCUUUCUCCCCCAUUUCCCCUCCCCUUUUCCCCCCUUUCCCAUCCCCUUACCCUCCUCCUCCCCUCCUCGUUCCCGCCCCUUUCCCUGCCCAUCCGCUCUCAUCACAUGCACCUGA